GAGGAUUCUGGUCGGUCAGUCCGUCGUCGGCCGGCGCGGCGGGAGGACGUCGAUGCAACAAGCUGCUUAUAAUUAUAAUUAUAUUUUAAUUUUUCGUUCCCAACCGAGAUGCUCUCCGCUGAAGUAAUUUAGGGAGCAGGCAUGGGCGCGGCGUCAGGCGGCGGCGGCUGGCGCGCGCGCGUGGCCGCGUGCCGCGAGUCGCGCAAGCUGGUGCUGGUCAUCGUCGCCAUCGCGCUGCUGCUGGACAACAUGCUGCUCACCACCGUGGUGCCCAUCAUCCCGGAGUUCCUGUACGACAUCCGGCACCCCGACGAGCCGCUGUCCAUGUCGCUGGAGGAGCUCACCACCCCCGCGCCGCCCCCCACCCCCUACUGCCCCUGCCUCAACCGCACUGCCACCCCCGACAACUACACGCAGGUGAACAUCACGGCGAAGAUGGAGGAGCGCCACAAGGAGCUGCUGCAGGAGACGGUGGCCGUGGGGGUCCUGUUCGCCAGCAAGGCCCUCGUGCAGCUGCUCGCUAACCCCUUCGUCGGGCCCCUCACGCACAGGAUCGGCUACAGCAUCCCCAUGUUCACCGGCUUCAUACUGAUGUUCCUCUCCACACUGAUAUUCGCCUUCGGUCGCUCGUACAGCGUGCUGUUCGUGGCGCGUGCGCUGCAGGGCGUGGGCUCCUCCUGCUCCUCUGUGUCCGGCAUGGGCAUGCUGGCCGAGCGGUACCCGGACGACAAGGAGCGCGGCAACGCGAUGGGGCUGGCGCUGGGCGGGCUGGCGCUGGGCGUGCUGAUCGGGCCGCCCUUCGGUGGGCUGAUGUACGAGUUCGUGGGCAAGACGGCGCCCUUCCUGCUGCUGUCCGCGCUGGCGCUGGGCGACGGCCUGCUGCAGCUGAUGAUCCUGCAGCCGGGCGUGGUGCGACAGGAGAGCGAACCCCCCUCGCUGCGCGCGCUCGUCACUGACCCCUACAUCAUCGUAGCUGCGGGUGCCAUCACAUUCGCGAACGUGGGCAUCGCCAUGCUGGAGCCGAGCCUGCCCAUCUGGAUGGCGGACACCAUGCAGUCGCACCGCUGGCAGCAGGGGGUCGCCUUCCUGCCCGCCAGCAUCUGCUACCUCAUCGGAACGAAUCUGUUCGGCCCCCUCGGCCACAAGAUGGGGCGCUGGCUCGCCGCGUGCUCCGGCCUCGUCAUCAUCGGAGUGUGCCUCAUAUUGAUCCCGAUGGCGCGCAAGCUGGAGCACCUCAUCAUCCCCAACGCGGGGCUGGGCUUCGCCAUCGGCAUGGUGGACUCCAGCAUGAUGCCGGAGCUGGGCUACCUGGUGGACAUCCGGCACGCCGCCGUCUACGGCUCCGUGUACGCCAUCGGGGACACUGCCUUCUGCCUCGGCUACGCCGUCGGCCCCGCGUUCUCCGGCGCGCUGGUGAACAGCAUCGGCUUCGAGUGGAUGCUGGUGAUCAUCGCGCUGCUCAACUUCGCGUACGCGCCGCUGCUGCUGUUGCUGCGCGCGCCGCCCGCGCAGGGGGAGAAGCAGAGUUUGAUCAUCAGCGACAAGUCGUCCGUGCGCUACGUGAGCUACCAGAACGAGGAAGAAGAAUAAACCGCCAUAUUGACAACGCCGCCAUCCGCCAUCUUGAGUCCCGCCCGAUUUUAACUUUUUAAAUUUACGAUGUCGAAGGUAUGAAUUGUAAACGCUUAAAACACGAAAAAAAUACAAAAAAAAAUGUAGUGACGUUUCGUAGGAGUAUAAUAAAAGAAAAAUAUAAUGGAAUAUUUACGAGAUAAUAAAUAUACGAUAAUAAAUAUAUCAUAUACAUACAUAUUAUACACAAUUUUAAGCGUAGUAUUAGAUUUAAUAAAUAUAUUAUUACGUAUAUGGAAACUCUUACGAUUUUAGGAAUAUAUUUUUAAAUAUACCUACUGUAAUAUCAGUCGAAAAUAUCUUUGUAUAUUAUUGAUAUUCAAUAUUCAUAGAUAGUAGUGAUAUUUCUUAUAAAUUUGUUGACCAAUUUUUCUAACUCUUUGACCAGUUCUCUCUAUACAUAUACAUACGCAUAUUACAAAAAACGUGACAGUUUAUAUUUAUAUUUGCGUAGGGUUUCGUGGAGACGUGUAACAAGGUCUUUACAUACAUAUUGCCGUAUAGUCAGGGUGUCUGUACAUCGCAACGUAGGUACUUUACAUUAAAAUAAUGAAAUACAUCAAAAUAUUCAUAUAAAUAUUUUGUAUGUAAUAUAACAUAUAAGUAUCGAGAAACAUAGAUAUAAGUUAUAUUUUACUUUCAUAUAUUUAUGUAAAUGUUCGAAUAAAUAUUUGUUUUAAUUAACAAUGACAUCGAGAAUUUGUUUACUGAAAACAUCACGAUUGUGUGAUUGACAAUAUGUUUACUGUGUGUUUAUUGAACAUCACAUACUAAGUAGACAGUAAAACUGAAAAUAAUCUGCACAAGGGCUUUUAUAUUUUACCUCAAAGAUUUAUUUACCUCAAAAAGAAAAAUGUUUCCAAUCAACACAUUAUUUUAUGAUAUUGUUAUUAAAAACGGCGAUUUUGCGGCAAGCCAUCCCAUGCGAAUUCACUCACGUAUAACUCGUACUCGACAGGAUGUAUCCAUGUUAUUGGUGUUCGCGGCAAUUUCGCUCUUUUUAGACAGGAUCACAGUAAUAGGUAGUAUGUGUAUAUUAUAUUUUUUGACAAAUAUUCCUCGUUCAAACGUAUAUUCAAGUAUUUAUUUUUACAUUUUCUAUAUUCACAUAUACCACAGUCUUGGAAAAGAACACAAUAAUCGAAUAGUUUAAAUAUUUAAGACAAUAAAUUUAAAACAAUAACGAUUUGCAAGCACAUGUUAUUCGCUCGGGCACAUUUUUUGAUAUUCUUUUUAUUGUGGACCAAAAAACAAUAAAAGUUAUUAAUUAUAAUCAGCUUCGUUGCACUAGUUAUUAUUAUAAUUAUUAUAACUCUGUUUAUUAUUUUCGUCAAAUAUGAAUGAUUAUUAUCAUUAUACUAUUAUAAUAUAAUAAUAUAUAUUUUAGUGGCUUAAUAACAUUCGUAAACUUUAUUAGGUAGAUGUCAUGUUAGUGGAUAUAAUUCAUGAGCAAUAUAGAAUAUUAUUUAAAAUUAUAAUUAUGGGUAUAAUAUAGAGUUAGAACUCUCUCAGCAUACUCUUGACAGUCUACAAAUAUUACAAAUAUGUAGUGCAUGCGAAUAUUUAACUUUGUAGUUUCGACUUAUUAAAUAAUUAUGUAGUCGUCGCAUCGUAAGGAACUCGUGUUGUAUCUUGAAAUUAUAAAAUUGAAUAUAAAUUGUAAUCCUUAUAAUAUACAUAAUCAACUUGUGUUGUGAUUGAAUGCAAUGAGUGUUGUGCCUCCAGAGUAAAUCAACUUUGUUAUUGAUCACUUUGAGAAUCUCUCUCAAAUUUUUAGUUCCUAUAAAAAACGUAAUUUCUGUAAUUAGUGAUGUUAAUUAAGACAAAGAAGAGUGGCCUACCUACCUGAAUAUAAACUAUAAUAAAAAGUAAUUUUGAAUUCAACAAAAACGUUUUAUAUAUAGUUAGUGUGACGGUGUGUGGUGUUAGAGGACAGUGUCUGUGUGUGUGUGGCUGCGCACACAGGCGCACGUCCGCGAGAUGCAACUGCUCAUUGCACAAACAAACAUGUCGUCGUCUUUCUUCAACAAUAUGAAAACUGAAAGUGACAACAUUAUGAACACCGUGCGUGAAACACAAUCUGAAAACUGUUCCCGGGGUUGAAUAACCUCCGAGUGGAUGUUUAAUGUGUUAUUAAUAACUAUACUCUAAAUGAAACAAGGCACUGCUCGACAUGAUAUAUGUGAACGUACUCAUCAAAUGCCACAUAUCUUUGACGGUGUAUGUAGUAUGUUGAUAUAUUCUCUAUACCAUUAAAAUUUACAGUACAUUUAGGCGAGUGAGUAACUUGCCUGAGGAUGAAAAACUGAAAUGAAAUUCGAUAUUUUCAAAUUACAAAUUCCAUCUAUUGUGAUACUUACUGCCAUCGAAGGGUUAAAAGGAUGAUAUCUUCUUUAUCUUUAUCUUCUUGUAGUAACAGAUACGGAACAUGUAGUCUCGUCUAUUGAUUAAACAAAAUACUUUUUAGAACAUCACCUGAUGUUGGUCGUUCGAAGUAAUUGUAAUGAUAGUUACAUAAAAAAAAAUAUAAUCACGGUUACUUCCAGUGUUAGGAUUUAAUAUUAUACUCAUAUACGAAACUAUUCGAAUACUAUAAAACAAUAUUCUUAUAUUAUAAUUCAUUUGUAGUUUAUUACUAUAACUAUUAAUUCAAUCCAGUGUAAAUAAUGUAAUGCACGUCUGAACAUAUUAUUAGUUAGGAGACGAGUAGGUGUAACAAAUAUUAUUAUGUAAAUGUAAUGUCGAUAUAACUUUAUAAAUUUAUUUAAUUGCAAUCAUCUUUUUCAUCUUCAAUAUCAUCUCUGUAAUGAUUGAUGAACAGUCCAUUCGUACUAUCCUAUCAUUAUUUUCACUGUGUCUAUGUAUUGGAGUGUUUGCAUUAUUAUAGAAUGAUAUUGUACUAGCUUACAAGAUGUCGCUGCACUCUGCCGUUCGCGGACUACAGUGAGCUACAACUCCAUGGCUGCCAGUUCAUUCUAUGAAACUUACGUAACCUACUCUUCCUACGUACCUUGUAAAUUGUUGCUCAAUAGCUCGGGGCAGGAUUUGCACGAUUGCAGCAUCUACUACUCUGCAAGACGUGUGCUAGUACGGUGGUUUAAAUUAGACUGAAUAAUAAUGACGGCCGCGUGUUGCUGUGGGUAUUUGCUUUUUGCAUCCACGGCUGUGGGUUCUGUUCUCACAACUGGAAAAAUAUUUCCCAUGUGAUGAGCUCAUGUGAGGGUGUUUUCCAAUGUCUGGAUGUGCUUAAACAUUAUCUAAGUGUUAAAAUCCGCUAAGUUAAUAGCCAUAACACGCUCUGCGCUUACUUUGGCUAAGUAGUAAUGUGUAUUGUGUAAGCAACAAGUAUAUUUAUUUGUUUGGACAAUACACACAUAGCUAUCUAUCAGCAAAGUAAGCAUAGCUUUUGUUUGGGAUAUUAAGGUGCGUUGCUGUUGAAUAUACAUGAAUACCGUUUAUGUACAUUAAGUAUGAACCGUUGCACACUGGGAACUUGCUGGUCACAAGAAUGUUUUCCGACUGCGGGAAUCGCGCCCCCGAUUGGAUGUAGAAGUACUCGCUGUGCUAUUCGGUUGCAACAUUGUAAGCGUAAUAUAUAAUUGAAAUUGUUUCCCAUUACCUGUCCCAUUAUGUACUUUUUCCAAGAACAGUUUUAAGUUAAUAAAGUGUAACAAUAAAGUAACGUAUACUAGAUACAAAAGAACUCGGUAGUUUCGUUUAACGUAGGUGCAGCGCGGACGGCAAUAGCUACUUUGACGGAACAUCACAAAUCAUUCAUAUUUGAUGUCUUAGUUCGUACAAACUAAUUGUAAACUAAAUAAGCAAUAGCUGGGUUUGGGUCCUUCCUAUCGCCGUGUGACGUCACAGGCCCAGCGCACACCGCGCGGCGCCCGCGGGCUCGAGCGAGUCUGCGCAGCAAAUGUGGCUCCUCUUCGAGUCAAAUGCAUUGCACUUCGCUACUGAUACAUGUACAAAUCAAGGAUCAAGCAGCCAUGUACUUCGUCUAUCAAAUAUGAUAAAAAAGGCGAGUCUUGCCACUGUCUAAGCACGGACCUCGAACCAGUUCGGAGGAGACUACAUUCGCCACAGUCGCGCCGGCGAACGGCGCGCGCGCUUCGAUUCACGCACCGACUGUGCGCGGUUAUAUGAUUGAUUGUAAUCAAGCGAGUUGUCUCUUACUAAUGUGCAAAUCAAAUCCAAUUUAUAUAUUAUUUAUGGUUCACUGGAUAAGCGAGCAGUCGUAUAUCCAGUCAUCCGCAGCAGUGCACGCUGAGUGAGCCGCUCAGCCGCCGGUGUGCGGUGGCCCUGUGUACACCGGCUUGGUUUGUAGCUCUAUUUUAUUAGAAAAUAAUAUUCGUUUUUAUUUUAAUAUUAUAAUAUUGUAUAACUAUUGCGUUUUAGAUGUAGUACAAAACAAACGAGCUCUGAGCUACACGUGUAUGGUAGUAAUAAUUUUGAAAAAUACUGUAAUAUACGGCUUCUAUAUUAUAAUAAUAUUGAUAUAUUAGA